GCGACGGGGACGGGCGAAGGGGGCCGCGGCCCGGGCAGAGCCGGGGCCAUGGAGCCGCCGCUGCCGGGCUAGGCAGGUCCAGCCCGCCGGUCCCGCGGCGAUGUCGGGCUACCCGCGCCGCCCGGGCGCCACCCCGCUGUCCCGAGCCCGGAGCCUCGUCAUUCCCGACGCUCCAGCGUUCUAUGAGCGCCGGUCUUGUCUCCCCCAGCUAGACUGUGAGCGUCCCCAUGGCAGGGACCUGGACUCCCACUUCUUCGGCAUUCGGCCGACUUUUAUGUGCUAUGUGCCCAGUCCGGUGCUAGCUUCCGUGGGAGAUACAGAUUUUGGCUAUGGAAAGGGGAAGUGUACUAAGCAAGGUCCAUCAGGAGCCCACGAGACACGUUUUGGAGAUGACAAACUUGAAGAUCCUGAAGAGGCAAAUCCGUUUUCCUUUAAAGAAUUUCUGAAAACCAAGAACCUUGGCCUGUCCAAAGAAGACACAACCAACAGAAUUUAUUCAAAGGAAGCCUCGAGGCACUCACAGGGACUCGACCACAACUCCCCAACCUCCCAGCCCAUGGGGUAUGGCCUGGAAUAUCAGCAGCCGUUUUUCGAAGACCCAACAGGGGCUGGCGACCUCCUGGACGAGGAAGAGGAUGAGGAUGACGGUUGGACUGGGGCCUAUCUGCCGUCCGCCAUGGAGCAGAUGCACUCUGCAAGGGUCACUGCCAGCACAUCGCCCUGUGGCACAUACCUUUCAUUUUUUUCCACCCCAUCGGAGCUGGUGGGGCCCAAGUCUCUGCCUUCAUGGACAUUGAGUGACACUGACUCUCGUGUGUCUCCGGCAUCUCCAGUGGGGAGUCCUAGUGUAGACUUUGCGGCUCACGGAGAGUCUCUGGGAGACCGGCACUUGCGGACGCUGCAGAUAAGUUACGAGGCACUGAAAGAUGAAAAUUCUAAGCUAAGAAGAAAGCUGAAUGAGGUUCAGAGCUUCUCUGAAACUCAAACAGAAAUGGUGAGGACACUUGAGCGGAAAUUAGAAGCAAAAAUGAUCAAGGAGGAGAGUGACUUCCAUGACCUGGAGUCGGUGGUUCAGCAGGUGGAGCAGAACUUGGAGCUCAUGACAAAACGGGCUGUAAAAGCAGAAAAUCACGUCAUGAAACUGAAGCAGGAAAUAAAUUUGCUCCAGGCGCAGGUCUCCAACUUCAAACGUGAGAACGAAGCCCUGCGGUCGGGCCAAGGCGCCAGCCUGACUGUGGUGAAGCAGAACACCGAUGUGGCCUUGCAGAACCUCCGUGCCGUCAUGAACAGCGCGCAGGCUUCCAUAAAGCAGCUGGUUUCCGGAGCCGAAACGUUGCAUCUUGUUGCCGAGAUCCUUAAAUCCAUAGACCGAAUUUCUGAAAUUAAAGACGAGGAGGAGGACCCUUGAGAAGCUCCGCGACACUGUCAGCUGGAAGCUCCGUGCACAUCCUGAGGUCACUCCCACUUCGUCUGAAUGUGCAGUUGUGUCUUUAACUGUGCGGUCUCCACCCAGAGUAAAGUAUUUAUC